AUGAGGAUAGCCAUCCCCAAUGCAUUAUUCAUCUUACUACUAGUUUACAUUUCAACUACUGUUACUACACAAUCUAGAGAGUACUCAUCUCAUCGAGGACCGUUCCGAACCAGUUAUGUUUUCAUGACAGUACAUAAUAAAAGAACUGGAGAGCAGUCCAAAUCGUGUGUCAAUUAUCAGCAAUAUCUACGAGACGACACUUCGUCAGCAUUAAUCGGAUACAAUUUCGAGACUGCUCAUCCGUUUGUUUUCAAGUUUUGGGGAGACUAUCGGAUUGAAGAUGACGGAACACCAUGCACCAGGCCAUUUGUGCAAUCUCACACAGCAUUCCGAAACGCCAGCCAAUUUACAAUUGACACUUUGAAACAACAUGGAGCUAGUGUUUCUCUUCUAGUUUUGGAUCGUGGAAGGAUGUUCAUUAACACUUGGAAAGAUUAUUUGUUCUCUGAUUUCUUUGAUCCAUACAUCAAUAGUUCUGCUGCGAUUCCAACAUUUUACAUUUAUCGCUCGGAUUUGAUCGGAAAAAUUAUGACUGUCACUAAUAAGGAAGACAUGGGCGAGGACAACAUCGAAAUUCGUUUCCAUCGUCCUUCUGGUUUUCCGAUCGAUCCAUCAUUCAUCGUCAUCUGGCUCAUUUCAAUGACGUGUGUCGCUGGAGGAGGAUUCUGGGCUUUCAACAGGCACCGCGCCGGAAAGGAUCUUUCCCUGGCACAGCGAAUGGAUGAAGAAGAACAAAAAUCGAAUGAGUCGGCAAAGAAGGGAUUCUUCGACAAGUUUGCAGGAAUGGUUACAAUUGCUCUUAUGAUGGUCACACUCUGUGGAGUACUUCUUCUUGGAUACUUUUUCAGAUCUGUUUUAGUUAUAUUCUUCAACAUUUUCCUGGUAAUCUUUGGAACGUGCAGUCUUUACGGUUGCAUUCGCGGCUUCUUCUCGAAUUUUUCGUUAUCUAGCCAUCGAUGGUAUAAAGCAAAAAUGGGAUGGAUGCCGACGUGCUGUGGUCUUAACAACAACCGUCAAUAUUCCGAAGUAUUCGUUUCUCUAGUGUGCCUAUCAUUCUGCGUAACAUGGUUCGUAUAUCGCCGUCAGCCAUAUGCAUUCAUUCUUCUCGACAUAAUCAACAUUGCCCUGUGUAUGCAUGUAUUGAAAUGUCUUCGACUUCCAAGUCUCAAGUGGAUAUCUAUUCUCAUGUUAUGCAUGUUCAUCUAUGAUGCCGGAAUGGUUUUUGGAACACCUUAUAUAACAUCGAAUGGAUGUUCCGUUAUGCUGGAAGUGGCAACGGGGCUUAGUUGCUCAGCGAAGGAGAAAGGAAAAGGAUAUCCAAUUCCACCAGUGGAGCAGGAAUCUGUUCCAGAAAAGUUUCCUAUGCUGAUGCAAGUAGCUCAUUUCAAUCCAAUGAAUGAAUGUUUGGACAUGGAAGUCGAGUUGGGAUUUCAGUUUACUAUACUUGGACUUGGUGACAUCGUCAUGCCGGGAUAUCUUGUGGCGCAUUGCUUCACAAUGAACGGAUACUCGGAAAGAAGUCGUUUGAUCUAUGGAAUCGUGUCGAUAGUGGGAUACGGUGCUGGUUUGAUAGUCACCUUCCUGGCAUUGGCUUUGAUGAAGACAGCUCAACCAGCACUUAUUUAUCUUGUCCCAUCGACUCUCAUUCCUAUCAUUCUCAUGGCUGUUUGUCGUGGAGAAUUCAAAAAUAUUUGGAAUGGAGUGCCUGUGGAUUCAGCGCCCUUGGUGAGCGACAGUGGUGAUAUGGUGGACGGAAAUAAAUCGAUCACAAACUCGUCGGCUGCGAUGGAAACAGCAUCUGAUGAACUUGCUGAGUCCAACUCCACUAGUCAAGAAAAUCAACCCGUGAACGUGUAG